UUAUAUUCGUUUAAAAAAUAUUAUUCAAUAAAAAUGGUUAUCUCGAUGGAUAGAUGGGUCGGCCAAGUGGCGAUGGUUACGGGGGCAAGCGCUGGAAUUGGUGCUGCUAUUGUGAAACGUUUAGUGGAAAAUGGACUUAUUGUAGCCGGAUUAGCUCGAAGAAAAGAGCGAAUUGAAGAGAUGUCACAAACUCUAAAAGCUCAAGGUGUCAAAGGACGUCUUUAUGGCAUACAGUGUGAUGUAAGUAAAGAAAGUGAUAUACUAAAGGCUUUUAAAUGGGUCACUGAGAAGUUGGGCCCAGUUCACAUAUUGGUCAAUAAUGCGGGGAUUAUACAGGAUACUACUUUAUGUAAUGGAGAUACCGAGUUAUGGAGAAAAAUUUUUGACGUAAACGUCAUGGGACUAUGCAUAGCUACACGAGAAGCUGUAAAGAUUAUGAAAGGAAACAAGAUUAACGGGCAUAUUGUUCAUAUUAACAGUGUUGUAGGGCAUUCAGUGCCAGCUGGUUUAAAGGGACUAAAUGUGUAUCCUGGCUCUAAGCAUGCGGUUACGGCAUUAGCGGAAACUCUUAGAAUGGAAUUAGUGGAAGAGAAUAAUUUGAUUAAAAUUACAAGUAUCAGCCCAGGUGUGACUGCUACAGAAAUACUCGAAGCCGGGGAAAUGGGCAACACUGAUCUAAAGAGCGUUUUUUCGACGAGUACCACUAUUUUAUCGGCAGAAGAUAUUGCUGAUGGAGUGAUUUAUGCGUUAUCAACACCGCCACACGUACAGAUAAAAGAACUUACCAUUAAACCAAUAUCCGAAAAAUUUUAAUCACAGAAGCAAUAAAAGAGAACCAGUCACAAACAACAAAUAAUAUUUUAUUUAAUCUAGUAAUAUAUGUAUAUGUGUUAGUGAAUACUGGGUGAAAAUAAAAAUAGAAGUAAAAGUUCAA